AUGCAGUCCUCUCUGCUGCGCUCUGGUGCGCAGCUCUUGUCUCGCCGGGCAUGCCGCGUUCCUAGCUCGAGCUCUCGCGCACUCGGUACUUACGCCACUUUCAAAAUUCCACAGAUCAACAAUGAGCCCAAUAAACACUAUGUCCCCGGCAGCGCGGAUCGUAAGGCCUUAGAAGAUGCGUUGGCUUCAUACAAGCAAACGGCACCUUUGAACGUGCCUUUGGUGGUGGCCGGCAAGGAGAUUAAGAGCUCCCAAACCUUCACCCAGAGCAAUCCGUCCUCCCACGCGCCCGUUGCUACUUACUCCAACGCCUCCUCCGCCGAUGUGGAGGCUGCCAUUGCUUCCGCGCUCGCGGCCCGCAAGUCGUGGGCUGCCACACCCUUCGCGGAGCGUGCCAGUAUUUUCCUCAAGGCUGCCGACCUGAUUUCGACCAAGUACCGCUACGAUAUCAUGGCUCUGACCAUGCAUGGCCAGGGCAAGAACGCCUGGCAGGCGGAGAUCGACUCUGCUGCCGAGUUGAUCGAUUUCUUCCGAUUCGGUGUGAAGUAUGCCGAGGAGCUCUAUUCCCAGCAGCCUGUUCACCACGCCCCUGGUGUGUGGAACCGUCUUGAGUACCGCCCUCUGGAAGGGUUCGUUUAUGCGAUCAGCCCCUUCAACUUUACUGCGAUCGGCGGCAACUUGGCCGGUGCGCCCGCUCUGAUGGGUAAUGUUGUGCUUUGGAAGCCCUCGCCUUCGGCUAUUGCUUCCAACUGGCUCGUGCACCAGAUCCUCCUCGAGGCCGGCCUGCCCAAAAAUGUUAUCCAGUUCGUGCCUGGUGAGGCGGAGGAGGUCACCAGCACUGUCCUCAACCACAAGGAAUUCGCUGCUCUCCACUUCACCGGUAGCACUGAUGUCUUCCGUAUGCUCUAUGGCAAGAUCUCUCAGGGUGUGGCGGAUGGCAAGUACCGCAGCUACCCUCGCAUCGUUGGCGAGACUGGUGGCAAGAACUUCCACCUGGUCCACAAGUCUGCCGAUGUGCGCAACGCCGUGGUCCAAACCGUCCGCGGUGCCUUUGAGUUCCAGGGCCAGAAGUGCAGCGCCACUUCCCGUGCCUACAUUCCCGCCUCUAUUGCCGAUGAGUUUGUUAAGCAGCUGGUCGCUGAGGUGAAGCAGCUCAAGGUUGGCGAACCGUCCGACUUCUCCAAUUUCUGUGGCCCCGUUAUCCACGAGGGCUCCUUUAACAAGCUUGCUGGUGUUAUCGAGGAGGCCAAGAACGACCCCGAGCUUGAGCUGCUUGUCGGUGGCACCUACGACUCCUCCAAGGGAUGGUACAUUCAGCCCACUGUGUACCGUACCUCCAACCCCGAUCACCCUCUCCUGUCGCGUGAGCUUUUCGGCCCUGUCAUCGUCAUCCACUCGUACAACGACGCUACCGAGGCCGACUUUGUUGAGAUUUGUGAGAAGAUCGACACCACUGGUACCUAUGGUCUGACCGGCUCGGUGUUCGCUCAGGACCGGGAGGCGGUGCAGGUUGCUGAUGACCAUCUCCGCAAUGCUGCUGGUAACUUCUACAUCAACUGCAAGAGCACUGGUGCCGUUGUUGGCCAGCAGCCCUUCGGUGGUGGCCGUGCCAGCGGUACCAACGACAAGGCUGGCAGUGCUAACCUGCUGUCUCGAUUCGUGAGCUUGCGCUCGGUUAAGGAGGAGUUCAUCCCAACCUACACCGUUUCCUACCCUAGCAACGCCAACUAA